UAAAGUUUGCUGUCUCCUUUGUUCGUCCUCGUUGCGCAGCAGUGCGAGCGCCUUCCUCCUUCCGUUUUCGGUACCGGCCGCUCUUCCGCGUGCUGAGGUGCUAGGAAGCCGCUUUCGGUGAGCUCUUAGGAGCCUGAAACCGCCGUCACCCCGCCGGGGGAGUAACACUGAUAUUUCAACAGACUUUCACUAGGGGGGAAAAUGGUUGAAGCAGAUCGCCCAGGGAAGCUCUUCAUCGGUGGCCUCAAUACAGAAACAAACGAGAAGGCCCUUGAAGCAGUAUUUGGCAAAUAUGGACGAAUAGUGGAAGUUCUCUUGAUGAAGGAUCGUGAAACCAACAAAUCCAGAGGAUUUGCUUUCGUCACCUUUGAAAGCCCAGCAGAUGCUAAGGAUGCAGCCAGAGACAUGAAUGGAAAGUCCUUAGAUGGAAAAGCCAUCAAAGUUGAACAAGCCACUAAACCGUCGUUUGAAAGUGGUCGACGUGGACCACCUCCACCUCCAAGAAGCAGAGGCCCUCCAAGAGGCCUUAGAGGUGGAAGAGGAGGAAGUGGAGGAACCAGGGGACCUCCUUCACGUGGAGGACACAUGGAUGAUGGUGGCUAUUCCAUGAAUUUUAACAUGAGUUCUUCCAGGGGACCACUCCCGGUAAAAAGAGGACCACCACCACGAAGUGGGGGUCCUCCUCCUAAACGAUCUGCCCCUUCAGGACCAGUUCGCAGCAGCAGUGGAAUGGGUGGAAGAGCUCCUGUAUCACGUGGAAGAGAUAGUUAUGGAGGCCCGCCUCGAAGGGAACCCUUACCCUCUCGUAGAGAUGUUUAUUUGUCCCCAAGAGAUGAUGGAUAUUCUACUAAAGACAGUUACUUUUGUUUCUGUAGCUAUUCAAGUAGAGAUUACCCAAGUUCUCGAGAUACAAGAGAUUAUGCACCACCGCCAAGAGAUUACACUUACCGUGAUUAUGGUCAUUCCAGUUCACGUGAUGACUAUCCAUCAAGAGGCUAUAGUGAUAGAGAUGGUUAUGGUCGUGAUCGAGACUAUUCAGAUCAUCCAAGUGGAGGUUCCUACAGAGAUUCAUAUGAGAGUUAUGGUAACUCACGUAGUGCUCCACCUACACGAGGGCCCCCGCCAUCUUAUGGUGGAAGCAGUCGCUAUGAUGAUUACAGCAGCUCACGUGACGGAUAUGGUGGAAGUCGAGACAGUUACUCAAGCAGCCGAAGUGAUCUCUACUCAAGUGGUCGUGAUCGGGUUGGCAGACAAGAAAGAGGGCUUCCCCCUUCUAUGGAAAGGGGGUACCCUCCUCCACGUGAUUCCUACAGCAGUUCAAGCCGCGGAGCACCAAGAGGUGGUGGCCGUGGAGGAAGCCGAUCUGAUAGAGGGGGAGGCAGAAGCAGAUAUUAAAAACAAACAAAACUUUGGACCAAAAUCCCUGUUCAAAGAAACAAACAAAAGUGGAACCUAUUCUGUCGUAACUACCCAAGGACUACUAAGAGGAAAAAUUGUGUUACGUUUUUUAAAUUUCCUGUUAAGUUCCCCUUCCUUAAUUUUUAUGUUCUUGUGAGGAAAAGAGUAAAACAUGUUUAAUCUUAUUUGAUUUUAUGACAUUGCUUUCAAUAAGCAAAUGUUAAAUGUGUUAAGACUUGACAUGUGUACUAGUGUUGUAAAAGUGUCCCCAAAGGCCACUUCUAUAAGAUUUUUUUUUCCCAGUAAAUGAGGCAAGCAAUUCUAAGAUCUUCCACAAAAUAUCUAGCCAUCUAAAAUGGAGAAAUGAAUCCUCCUGCCUAUACAAACAAGCUAGCUAUUAGAGGGUGGUCGGGGUAUGCUACUCAUAGGAUUUCAGAGUGUCUUCAAACUGAAAUCUCAAUGUUCUCAGUGUGAAAAACCUGAGAUCAGAUGCUUACAUGUAAGGAAAGUGCUAUUCGCCCAGUAAACCCAAAAAAGCAAAUGGAUAAUGCUGGCCAUAUUAUGCCUUUCUGACAUUUCCUUGGGAAUCUACAAGAACCUCCCCUAUUUCCCCUCCCCCAAUAAGACCAUAUAAGUGUGUGUUAAGCAACUACAGAAUACUAAAUAAAAAGUUUGGCCAAAACCAACCAUGAAGCUGCAAACGAUGCUUGCUCUUACUGUUUCAAAUUUUUGCAACUCUGUAGUGUCUCACUUUUAAGGAACAGCUUGAUUGCAAAGGAGAAAAUAGAUAAGCAAUGAAGUUAUCUCCAACUUCUCAAAGGCUUAUGACUUCUAAAAAGUGAAUCUAUCAGCAUUCCACAUCAGAUUUAAAGCAUCAAAUGCCUGUGAAACAGCAAAGAUGGUUGAGAAUUUGGUCAUUAUGGUCAUGAUGGUCAUGGAGUGCUGAUUUAUUCACACUAGAUAAAGCUGGCAGCAAGAGAAGUGAAAUGCUAAGAGUUGUUGAAGCAGAAGAAUGCUGAUUGUCCUUAAGGCACAACAGUUGCAUGAGCAGUACUCAUCAGAAUUGGUUUGGUGCAGACAAUAGAUAUUUGCCUUCAGGGAUUCUUGUGGAUCUAAGGAAGGCAUCAAUGUUGGUUAGCACUCUUAACUAGGGAGUGGCAGUUACUUAAAAUAAGUAAUUGACCAGGUGGAGAAAGGGGAGCAAUAUAGGAAAUUGGUAAGUGGAGGUAGUCAGGAAGUUCUUGUGGUUCUUUGUGCAAUUUUACAGCUUUGACCUUCAUUCUCUUUAGCUAAAGUCAUAGGACAACUGCACUUAAGAAUGUCUUCCUAAUUACCACCAACUGUCAGAAAGUUGGAUUAGAAAAAUGAAAGGCAUAAGACAUAACUAUCCAGUAAAGUGUCUGAUAUUCAGCAAGUUAAAUAUUUCUUGUUUAUCCAGAAGUGAGAUGUAGUCUUUAAAGGGAAGACUAAUAUCUGGAAACUAAAGUAACUGGAAACAUAGCUAAAAAUGGUCAAAAGCACACUUUAAAAAACUGGAAACAAAAUCGGGCCAUUUGGCUUUUGCUUUUUUUUUUUAUAAGAUGUUUUGUAUGUCUACUUUACCCGCCACCCCACACCUCGUGUUUUGGAAGCCAAUCAAGAUACAACUUUAUAAUUUAUUGCAUUGGAAACUAGAGCCAAUAGUGUAAAAGCUAAUGUCUCAAAGGAAACAGAUUUGAGUUGUUGGGUUAGAAGAAACUGAGUUUUUGUGUCAUAAAUAUCAGUACUAUCAUGUUUAACAUUUGCAAUUGUGAAGAAUAAUCCAGAAAACAACCCUCAUUUGACAGGCUCUUGUAAUCACAGGGCGUGAGGGUAUUGACCAAAUUUAAGUAGCUAUUGCACUUACAUAGCUGUCUUCCUCAAUCAUACUGUAAUCUAAAUUACUUGGGUUUAUACUUCUGAGGACCGUUUGGCUCUUGAGAUUUUAUUUAGGUAUCUUAAAGAUAGUGUAGAACAUAGAGAUUAAUCAUAGUAAACAUGAAUAUUCAAGAAGUUUGCUUAAUGACCAGACAGCUGUUUGGCAAAUAGUUUACUGACCCAGCAGACUUAAUUCUGCUCCUGUUGGAAAAAGAAUCUGUCUUGAUUCUUCUGGCUUUAUACUGGUUGUAAAAGAAUAAUGUGUUUUCCUUGUUUAACUGGUAGUUGAAUAUAGAACUUAGGUAUAAUAGAUGGCUUUCUUUUUGGAAUGUUUUGUAUUUGAAACUUAAUAAAACUUAACAUGCA